UUUAUUGCAGGGCUGUUGUCUACGGCUCAUUAUUUUUUUUUUUACUUUUUAAAAAUGUGGGGAAUUAUCUGUUAAAGAAAGAUAAAAAAAGAAAUAAAUCAGCACUAAAGCACUAAAACAAUAAACUGCAGGUCCCAAGACUUGUGCGCACUGGAAGGAUGUAAAUUGAAGCAACAAAUUAAGUUGAUAAGUAGAUUUACAGUGAGUUUUUACAAAACAACAUUAUGGCAAGUGUGGCCUUUGAAGAAAUUUCUCAGUUGUUACUUACAGUAAAACAAUGUGCGGCGAGAGUGGAAUACACACAUAAUUGGAGCGGAUGGCAAUGGUCAGAAAUCCACUGGGAGCAGGAUUGAGAAAUUGGUCCUGAACAUGGCCCUGACACAAAGCAAGGAGUUUAAUGAGCAGUACUGAGUCAAGCACAGAGUGCUUUGCACACCUUUUCUUACCUUUGUUUCCCCUUUCAGGCUACAUAGUGUUCAGGCUAACCUACACUUUUAGUGAAGGUCAUGAUUCAUAAGCUGCAAACAGUACCUGUUUGCACUAUGACCAUAGGUGCACAGACAAAAAUCAGCUUGAUUACUUGUGAUAAUGAAGAAAAAGUAUGAAACUGAUUAUUAUGAGGCAGGAUCUUAAGGUAUUAGUAAUGCCUUUUUUUAUAUAAUUUUACAGUUAUAGAUGUUGUUACCUUAUUGGAACAGCCACAUCAAAAGGGGAAUGAACUGUUCCAGUUUAACUAGUGCUGAAUUAACUGGUGAUAUGUGCAUGUCUGAGACUGUUUGACAUGCAAUCUCUGAAAGUGAGGACUAUAGGUGACAGUGUUGAUGCAUGUUCAAUACAUUGCAAACCUCAAUAAAAUAUUAUUAAUAUAAAGUUAAUAAUCUGAUUUCAAGUCAAUUUGAGAAAUGUUUAUACUUUAUAAAGUAUUUACUUAUAUUAUAUGUUGACACACAGCUAGAACUGUGUAUUGUAUAUUUGUUGUGUCCGUUUGUCUCUGACAGUGUGGUUUGUGUGUAUAUUAUUUUGCUUCUUGCUUCGUAUGUAUCUUCUUGUUGUAUUUGUUUGUGUGUGAAGAGGUGAGGGUAAGUAGGUAGAAAGUCAAAGUUGAGCGAGAGGUAGGUGCAGAGAGACAUCUGCAGACACAAAAGAAAUAGGUUAGAGCACCUGCCAAAGUUGUGUCCAUUGCAGAGGAAUCAAAUGCUAUGUUUGGAGUUUGCUUCCAGCUAUUUAGGUAGACAAGGUGGAGAGGCGAAAAACCCACAGUGCCAUCAUUACAAUUGGCCUGCUAUGGAGAAUGACAUUGGCAAGUAGGUGAGAUUGUAUCUUCAAAAUAAUGAAGGACAACACAUUAAGUGGACACAUAGCAGUGUAAUGUUUAUUUUUGCAGUGAUGUAGAAAGUCUAUCUGUGUCUCUGUCAGCUGUCCUGUACGAUUUCCUGCCGAUAUGCCUUCUGAUACUGUAUACUCACAGGGUUUUCAAUAUGGGGAUUUACACAAAUAUAUUUGUCAUUAUUUCAAAAUAAUUUUGGUUUGUUUAGAUUGCUCAUUGUCCACAGUGGAAGUCAGGGGGAGCAAGUAUUAAACAAAAGAGAGUGUGUAAUCCAAUAGAGGUUAAGGAAACUGGUAAACAUUAUUAGCUUUCAAACACAUCAACAGUAAUGUAAUGCUCAUGUCUUUUUUCUCCCAGGUAACAGAGCCUCUUAAACUUUGUGGGAUGGACCUGGAGGAUAAACUCAUAACAUAUGGUGGCAACCAGGACAUACGUAUGUGUCAUAGUUGAUUAUUUCACCAACUGAAUGAGAGGCCUACCAACUUAAGAGCAAAGCAGCAGAUGAGGUCACCAAUUGCAUUGGUUUCUUUUACAAAUUGGUGCACCUAAAAGACUGCUAACUGACCAAUACAUAGAAUUUUGUAUGUAAUUGUUGGUGUGCUGACUUGCUUCAUGUUUUUCCAACUGAUCAUUUCAAAGUCAAUUAAAGACCUGUGUUGAAGGGGAACUUGGCAACUCUAGCCAUUUCUUCUCUGGUUUUCACUUUUGUCGUUGCAUGUUUUCUCAAUAAGCUCCCCCUCCAGCUCUGGGACGUAUAUUUCAAAACACUGUCGUAAAAAAACUCACUUGCGGCACCCUCCUCCCCCUUUCUACCGCUGCUGAUGUGCAUUUGUUGCCGGGCAACUUUUUCGUGUGGAGCAAUAUCUACCGAGAUGUCCAUUGGUCAUCAUGAACCUGACCUCCAGCUCUGCUUCUAUCCACUUCCUUAGCAACAGUUCUCCUGUUAUGAGAGACCAGCCUGACACCACCAUCAUAGCUGAGCCUUCCAUUUUAGGUGGCUCGUACCAGGAGUUGCCCACAGUAUCUUACAGUGGGUGGAAGCAACAUAAUAUCUCAAGGGAGGGAGGAAACUUCACUGCUUCACCAGUUAAUAGGACAUUUAUACUCCCUGCAAAGGACUUUGACCCAUUAGGAGGACAUACUAUCUGGCAGGUUAUCGUAAUUGUCUUCCUCACCGGAUCACUCUCUCUUGUUACUGUUGUUGGCAACAUCCUAGUGUUGCUGUCAUUCAAGAUCAAUAAGGCACUGAAGACAGUGAACAACUACUACCUGCUUAGUCUAGCAUUUGCUGACCUGACCAUUGGCACACUGUCAAUGAACCUGUAUACCACCUACAUCAUAAUGGACCAGUGGGCUCUGGGGCCAGUGGUCUGUGACUUGUGGCUUGCAAUAGACUACGUGGCCAGUAACGCCUCAGUCAUGAAUCUGCUUGUUAUCAGCUUUGACAGGUAUUUCUCUGUGACCAGACCUUUGACCUACCGGGCCAAGCGUACAACCAAGCGGGCCAUGACCAUGAUUGGAUUAGCCUGGUCCAUCUCUUUUAUUCUCUGGGCACCAGCCAUCCUGUUCUGGCAGUAUAUUGUGGGUGAGCGGACAGUCCAGCCUAAUGAGUGCUACAUCCAGUUCCUGUCCGAACCCAUCAUUACAUUCUGCACUGCUAUUGCUGCAUUCUAUUUGCCAGUAACCAUUAUGGCAAUUUUGUUUUGGAAGAUCUAUCAGGAGACAGAGAAGCGUGCUAAAGAUAUACAAUGUCUCAAGGGAUCUGGGUCAGGCAACAGCCCAAGCCUGGCUCAGAAUCAAGGAAGUGGUAGUGGAAGAGCUGGUGGACUAGGAGUGAGUAACAGCCAGAAGGAUUCGUCAGCUAUGCAACGCCAAAUGAGCUCCCAAAGCUGCAGCAGCUGUGAACUAAAUCAGGUGGCUUCAGAGAAGAACAACAAUGACAAUGCCAGCAUACCAGGAGGAAUGAGAAGCAGAGGGACGUGUGGCGGGUUCUACUUCCAGUUUUUAUCACUGUUGCCAUCCAAGAGGUCCAUCAAAAUGACAACUACAGUGAGCGAGGCAGAGCAGAGCAGCUGUGACAGCUUGAACAACAAUGAAGGUGGCGCCUUUGAGGACCAGUCAGGUUUAGAGGAGGAAGCUGACAGUUCAGGACCACCCAGCCCUCCUAUAGAUGAUAAGAAACUUAGAAAGGUGAAGAAAAACAAGGACAAGCAAACAUCAUCAUCCAACAAAAGUAGAAAAGGGUCACAGUCAAACCCUGUCACCUCAUCACUUGCUGACCAAUCAUCUGCAGCCAUCACUAUAAAAGAUGCGGCGAUGGCCAAACGCUUUGCCUCUAAGGCCAAGACAGAGAUCAACAAGCGCAAGAAUGAAAAAAAGGCCAAUGAGAAGAAAGCAGCACGGACACUGAGUGCCAUCCUGUUUGCCUUCAUUACAACGUGGUUACCAUACAACAUCAUGGUGCUGGUCAACACCUUCUGUCAGGACUGUAUUCCAGAAACUCUAUGGGCACUGGGCUACUGGUUGUGUUAUGUUAACAGCACAGUCAACCCCAUGUGCUAUGCCCUGUGUAACAAGACCUUCCGCAUGACUUUCAGGGAUAUUUUGAUGUGCCAGUGGAAUCAAAAGAAGAACAAGCCUCAUUUUCAUCAGCGGAAGGCUGUGGCUUUCAAGAAAAAAGACCAAAUGUAGAAUACAGUGGCAAAAUUAUUGGAAUGAUCUGUGUUUAAAGAUACAUUUGCUGAUCUACAUUUAGAGUUUGAAUGUGAGUGAAAGAGAGGAAAGAUCAUGAAAUGAAUUCUAUAUUCUAUAAAAAACAUUUAGCCUUACAGGAAGUUUUGCCAAGCAAGUAGAGAGGCCAAAGGCUAGUCUAUUUGUCUGUCCAUGAUAUAUUGACAGCUACUAGCCAUAUAUAGAAUCCUACACCAGGUUAGGUAGCUGUGGGAACCUUAUAUGUAUCUAUUUUUAACAUCUAAACAGCUUAAUAUUAUCAAGCCUAAUCAUCUGCCAGAAUUGUUUGUUUUUUUUGUGUGUGAAAGCCACAAGCUCACACAUCCUCUCUGAGAAAACAUGCAGCUACAGCAGGAGCACAGGUGCUGUGCCAGUUGACAAAAACUUUUACAAUACCACAAUUUUAAAACUGUCAAAACAAUGUGGCCUCUAGUCUGGCACCAGCAUAAAAGUUCAAGAUGUGAGCAGCCGGAUUAAAAAAGUGAUAUAAUAAUAGAUUGGGAGGAAGUCACAAUGCAUCAUUUCUAAUAUCUUUGCAUUGGUAAAAUCCAAAUUAUUCAUAUACAAUGAUUAGUAAAGGCCUUUCUUAUAUAGAAAUGUAAGCAUAACAUUUUAGAUUUAUAUUGAUUCCUCCUGUCUAAACUGUUUCUCCAGCUGCUUAAAGUCCAUAUGAAAUGAUAAUUGCAUUUUAACCUUUAAGAUUACAUCCUCAGUUGUAAACCUAACAAUUUAUGCCAAAAAAAUGAAAGAAGAAUCAAUUUCUUUGUAUUCUUAUAUCAAAAUGCAUUAAGUUUGUCUUCCUGUCGAACAAAAGAUUAUGUGUUCUUACAUAAGCGUGAACCAACCAAUUUCAACCAAUAAUAUCAUGACAAUGGGGCACACAGUAGUCUGGUAGAGUGUAUUGGCUAGUUCUUUCCACAGUGGGUGGCCCAGGUUUGAUUCCAGCCUUUGCUGCAUUUCGGAAGGCUGAUUAGGCCAUGCUGUUCACUGGGAACUCCCAAUCUGGCACAGCCUGCUAAUAGGACCGCCAUAACUGAAUGGCAGGGGCAAGUAACACACAGUCACUAUAAUUCACCGUGAUUCAAGUUCCUCCCUUGUGCCAUGUUUUGACAGGAAACACGUAAAUAUGUGGAAGCAAAUAACACUGUGCUUUCAUGUGGAAGAACCAAAGAAAUGAAAUCAAACUAUCUGUACCAUAUUAAAUUGCAUGGCAUCAUAUCACUUUGCAUCACAUUGAAUUGCGUUGAAUCACAGUGGGUUGAAUCAAAUCGUUGUGAAUCACACUGCAUUGCAAUGGGGUGAAUUUUAUCAUAUCACAUUAGUAGUAGCAGUUUCUUUAUAUGUAUCUUUAAUGUAUCAGAUAAUUGGCAAUGCAUCAAGAACCAUAUCACACUGGCCUGAGUGAUGCACAUACCUACCAAUUACUGAUUAGCCUUGAAAAAUAGCAAAAUUAUCAGUACGUAUUUUGUUUUUUUUACAUUUUCCUGGGUGUAAUGAAUCCAUGCAAGCCUUGUAGAGUGAUUAGCUUGGCUUUAUAUUUAUUUUCAGUUACAAAUUUAAGCAUAGAUGUAUGUAAUUAUUUUCUGCUCUAUAGAAUAGAAUAGAAUAGAAUAAUGCAAUUGUAAUUUAGUGUAGUUAAGCAAGUACACUUCUUGAAUCCCUUGUGGGAUUAUGUGUCAAAAUAAAAGCAACCCAACUUUUGUUGGUUUUUAAUACAGUUGAGAGCUUAGUUUAUGCAUGGCAGUUUUGGUUUUCAAUGUUACUUUUUUUUUUAUUUUAAAGAUUUUAAGUAGGGUAUUUUCUGCAUUUAGUCAAAAUAAAUAAGAAAAGAAAAAAGACUUCUGAAAACAAUGUGUGCCAAGAGUUCCCAGUAAAAAAGCAUUACCACUUAACACUUUUGGUAAUGGCAUUGUAAUUAGUGAACUAGGCAUAACUUUAUUUUUUAUACAAAUACAUUGUAUAUUAUUUAAUGCUGACUAAAUCAAAUCGAUUUCCAGUUUACUAUCUAUUGAAACUUCUGAAAUAACAAGUAAACAUUAUCCAGCUUUUAUUAGUUUCUUAAUUUUCAUUCUGUGUGUCCAUGAACAGCACAACCAGAAAUACUAUGAGUCUGCAUUUUGGCCUUUUUAUGAACACAGUUUGUUAUUCUGGUUUGUGCAGUUUAUUUUGUUAUAUAUAUUUUUUUCCCUCCCUGUUUGCAUACUCAAAACUCUGUUCGACUUAAAAGGGACACAGUGUGCCCGUGUCCCUUUUUAAUAUCAGAGUGGUCAACUUUGAAAUGACUAUGACUAAACAUUAACAAAGGAAUUUAUAAAUAAGUUGUAUUCUGGUUGAGUUGUGUUCAGGGUGAGUGAUUUGACUAAAAAAGUAAAAACUGUAUGCUUUUCUACAAACCCAUGAACAUGCUGUGCUGUCUCUCUGUGUAUCCAGUAAUAACUGUUUAAAAAAAGCCCUGUAUGUUUGAUUUUACAGUAGUUAGUUGAAUUGAUGAAAGAGAUACUGCAAUAGUACAGAAGUAUAUUGCAUUACUUAAAAAAAAAAAAAAAAUCUACUCUGUUUUUCUGAAUUAAGAACUUAUUAACUCGUAACUCAUGUGUCAGCUGAAAACAGACAUUAGCUGUGGGUUCAUGAAGCCUAAUGUUACUCUACACAUCUGUGGUUUAUCAGUGAAAGCAGUUUUUCCUUGCCCCUGUCGCCAAGUGCUUGCUCAUGGUGGUACUGUUGGGUAUCUGUAAAUAAUGUUAUAAGGAGUUCGGUCUAGACCUGCUUUAUUUGAAAAGUGUCCUGAGAUAACUUCUGUUAUGAAUUGGCGCUAUACAAAUAAAAUGUAGUUGAAUUAAAUUGAAUUGAAGUGUAAGGAUUUGUAGACUUGAGUCUCUGCUGACAAUGAUAGACUGACAGAUAGAUCCAUGUGUCUCCUCUAUGAAAUGUCUGUAUCCUCACUGCAAUGCAUUAUUAUAAACUUUGAUCAACUGGUGUGGGAUUUACACAGAUUUUUUUUUUUUUAUUGUCACUAACUUCUCUCAUAAACCACAGAAGUGUAGAGCAACAUUAGGCUUCAUGAGCCCAUAGUCGAGUGCCUGUUCAUGUAUCAUUGGCACGGACGAACACCUCUCUCCCUUUUCUGGUUCUCCAGCGGGGUAUCAGUGUUUGAAGGAUAGGCAACACAGAGACCUGCAUGGGCCCGCUGGAGCUUGCAGGUAGCAGAACAUAGGAUUUUGGUUAGGCUCAGGGGCAUGGAGAGUGUGCUGGAGGUAUCUUGUUAAUUCAGGGGGAAAAAAUUUUAUUAUAAGACAACACGACGUUAAUUUAGAUUUUUUUUUUUUUACAGUGAAUACAAUAUGUAUGUAUGUAUGUGCAAUAGAAACCGCAAGGUUUCCUGCUUAAACACAUGUUUAAUUUAGCACUCUCUUACACACUUACUAACUGGACCCAACUGUUGCCAGAUGAAAUGGGGCUAUCCUUUCAAUAAAUUAAAAUCAAACACUACAGAACACAGCAUCGUUUCUGAUCCGCCUAUGCUGUUUUCCACUUACAAUAUGAGUAUAUUUUUUAAAGAGUCACUGUUCAAUUCAAUUCAGUUCAAUUCAAUUUUAUUUGUGUAGCGCCAAUUCAUAACAGAAGUUAUCUCAGGAUGCUUUUCAAAUAGAGCAGGUCUAGACAGAUCUCCUUAUAACAUUAUUAUCUGAAAUAAUAUAUAUAUAGUUUUGAAAUACUCUGCACUUGCGUGUUAACUAAUGUGUAAAGGUUCCCUGUGGAGUUUUAGACCCUAGUAACUCAAAAUAUUAGAUGAAUGAGUCCCAUUUAUUUCGCUCAUGCGCGCAAGGACGCAAAUGCAGGUGACACAGUUUUCCUUAUGGUGUUGCACUAUCCAACUAACAGGUGGCGGGAACAUGUCAAGAUAUGCUGCAAUGCACCAGCAAAGACAGCAAUGAAGAUGGCUUGCUAGUAAACAUGGAUGCACAAUUUAGGAUAUAAAAUACUAUAAAAAGUAUUUUAUAUUCUAUAUAUUUAGUACAUUUUGCAAAGAGUUUGUUAGAGCUCAAGGACACACAAUGCAUUUUGGUGAGUAACACUGAAUGCAAACAUUGCACCACAGUACAUGUGUCCACUUCAACUCUGUACACAAAAUGUUUUGCAUUGAUGUUAGACAUGUUUAUAUGCGUUCAAGAGCAAUAAAAUGAAAUAACAUUUUAACAUAUUAA